AUGCCUCACCGCAACUGUUCACUUGAGAUCAACAACAACUCUUCCAACACUCUUUCCAACCCAAGGGUGUUUAUUGAGAGUGGCUGCUGUGAGGUCCCUCUGUCGCCCAUGGUGGGUCCAUACUCCAACGCCACCGCAUUGUUUAACAAGACCACCGGCGCCGCGACUGGCACGGUGGGCGUCUUCACCUACGACCUGUUCAACCCUAACAUGAACGACUACAGCCACGUCAUGGCCGUCAUGUUCUCUGUUCCCUAUGACCGGAACCUCUACUCCAACUGGUUCGCUGUGGGGAUCUUUGAUAGAGGCAACGACUGUGACUACAAUCUUUAUGAUAUCAUGUAUAAUGGUGGCGAAAAUAAUUUUGUACGAGCCAAGGCUGACGGCUCCUGCAUUUCUUAUCAGGGCGAUUAUGUUGCAGUCAGUGCGUCCAUGUCAGACUCAGGAGAAGCUGUGCUGAGGGUGGACAUCACUGAUGCUGUCAUGUACUGA